CAGUUCCGGGAAACCCCGCGUGCUGCCGGGAUCGCAUCUCUGUCCAUGAGGGGGGGAGGGGGUGGCGCGCGCGCCAUUUCUAGUCGUUUUCAAAGCGCCUCGCGCUGAUUCUCACGGGCCCGGCCGGCGGCCCCAGCUCUGCCCUGCAGCAUAAUAAAAUGGCUAAUCAGGUGAAUGGUAAUGCGGUACAGUUAAAAGAAGAGGAAGAACCAAUGGAUACUUCCAGUGUAACUCACACAGAACACUACAAGACACUGAUAGAGGCAGGCCUCCCACAGAAGGUGGCAGAAAGACUUGAUGAAAUAUUUCAGACAGGAUUGGUAGCUUAUGUCGAUCUUGAUGAAAGAGCAAUUGAUGCUCUCAGGGAAUUUAAUGAAGAAGGAGCUCUGUCUGUACUACAGCAGUUCAAGGAAAGUGACUUAUCACAUGUUCAGAACAAGAGUGCAUUUUUAUGUGGAGUUAUGAAGACCUACAGGCAAAGGGAGAAACAAGGGAGCAAGGUGCAAGAGUCCACAAAGGGGCCUGAUGAAGCAAAGAUCAAGGCAUUGCUUGAGAGGACUGGCUAUACUCUGGAUGUAACCACAGGACAGAGGAAGUAUGGUGGUCCUCCACCAGACAGUGUGUACUCUGGUGUACAACCCGGAAUUGGAACAGAAGUCUUUGUAGGUAAAAUACCAAGAGAUUUAUAUGAGGAUGAGUUGGUACCCCUUUUUGAAAAGGCUGGUCCCAUUUGGGAUCUACGUCUUAUGAUGGAUCCACUGUCUGGUCAGAACAGAGGGUAUGCAUUUAUCACCUUCUGUGGAAAGGAAGCUGCACAGGAGGCUGUUAAACUGUGUGACAGCUAUGAAAUUCGCCCUGGUAAACACCUUGGAGUGUGCAUUUCUGUGGCAAACAACAGGCUUUUUGUUGGAUCAAUUCCGAAGAAUAAGACCAAGGAAAACAUUCUGGAAGAAUUCAGUAAAGUCACAGGUUUAACAGAGGGUUUGGUGGACGUUAUUCUCUAUCAUCAACCCGAUGACAAAAAGAAGAAUCGGGGGUUCUGCUUCCUUGAAUAUGAGGAUCACAAGUCAGCAGCACAAGCCAGACGCCGGCUGAUGAGUGGAAAAGUAAAAGUAUGGGGAAAUGUAGUUACAGUUGAAUGGGCUGACCCUGUGGAAGAACCAGAUCCAGAAGUCAUGGCUAAGGUAAAUGCAGUUGCUUGGGAUGGGGGUGAGAUUAUUAUUUAAAUUUUGUACUCAGAGUAAAGCUCAACUUUUAAAAGUUUUAUGAUAAAUACAGAUUAUAGCUCUUGAUCUUAAUUCUAGGAUCUGCUUUAAUCCCAAACUUAGUAGUCUGUCUUGGUAUCUAGAAAUUUCUAUUAAUCAUCCCUUUUCCUGGAGAUUAAAUGUGCAAAAGGAACUGAAAUGGAAUUCCUUAAGUAUUUCCAUAUACACUGAGAAUUUGUUUAGUGCUAGGCACUAGGAGGGAUACAGAGGUUUAAAAAAAGGGUCUUGUUGAAUAAAGACAGAAGUAAUGUUUUUUGGAGAUUAUGAAUUGUAAUCUUCAUUGACCAUACUAUGACUUUUAUUACGUGGCCAUUGAUAAUUUAUUUAGAUUUAUAACUGAUUUUUCUUUUUCUUUUUUGUUUCUUUUUUAAAUUCAUGAUUAAGUUCCCUUAGACUGUCGUCUCCAUGAAGAAAGGCAAAGGGUUAUCAUGUUUGCUAUUAUGUGAUAUUGGCAAAAUAUGUAUGGCAUGUCCUGUGGCAGGCCCUCACUUUCCUCCUAAGCCUUAUGUUUGCAUUGCCUUGAUCUCUGCCUGGUAAAUAAUGGUGCCAUGAGUCCUCAUUGUUAGGCUUUCCUUUGGGUGAUUCCUGGAAUUGAAGGGACUCAUCAGAGUUGCAUCUCUGCUGUUUUUAGUGAAUUUUUGAGUAUUUUGGUGUGUCUCUUCCCUUCUUGGUGAGGCAGCAACUCUGUGAUGACCAUAAAUUGGUGGCUGAAUUCUCCUAGACUGAGAAGUCUUUCUCUGAAGCUUUUUAUUCCAGGUUCUGAGCAGGUGCUCUUCACUCUAAUUAGUUUGGAGUGUGAUCGAGUUUUGUAGGCAGAGACAUCUUCAGUUUAGAGAAGAUCACUGAGAAUGAACCAGAGAGGCUCUCAGAUGUGCUGCUCAGUGUCUUUUUCUCAUGUUCCUUGAAUAGAUUUGUGUUAAGGAAAGGGACUGGGAAUUUAAAUAGCUCUGAUUUUUUUUAUUUUUAUUUUUUACUAACUUGAUUUUAAUUCCAUUUGUUUUUUCUAAUACAAUUGUGACUUUGGGCAAACCUAUUGAACUUGGAUGUCCUCUUGGAGUUGGGUAAAUCUGUUAAGAACCCUUAAAAUUUUGAACUGCCUUGUAGAAACAAUAGAGUUUGUAUUGCUUUUUCUGUAAAAACAUGUUUAAAAUAGCAGUAUAAAUAUAUUACACAUUAUAAAUGGCAAAUAAAAUCCCCAGAAAAUCUAAAGUGUAGUAUACUGGUGAUUUGUUUCGACACUUUUCACAUACCUCUUGUAACCUUUCAGAUUGAAAUGCAUCCUAAACUUUUAUAGGAUUAGAAAACCUCAACAUUUUAUUCUAAGAACUAUUCUUCCUAGAUCAUAAACAACUUUCAGAAUGGAAAGGAGGCCUCUGUAAACUUGAGUAAUACUGAUUGAAUAAAUUUGAUUGACUAAUACUAAUUCCUUUAUUAUUUUCUGAAUUGGAGGGUGGGUUAGAGUUCUACCCUUCUGCUGUUAACAUUAUCAGUGUUGUAAUCCAUUGAAGAUUUUUUGCCAAGUUGGGUCAGUUUUAUAAUCAACCAAAACCUAAGAGCAUACAUGU